AUGCUUUAAAUCUCUAUCCACAACUUUGGUUCCUCAACAAAGUCAAUAGUAACUUGAGAGCUUCAAUAUCUGAUGAUAACUACCAUUGUUGAAGUCUGUUCAAUUAUUCAAUUCAUAGCGUUUUGUUGCUUGUUUUUUCUACUGUUACUUUCCGGUUGUUGAUACAUAAUUUAUCACUUCUUUUUUCUUUUGCAAUAAACAUCACUUUUGAUUCUAAUUUGUGGCCAUGAUGCUGUAUGGAGGGACUUCAUCUUAUGGCCGUGGAUGGUCCUAUGAUGUAUUCUUGAGUUUCAGGGGUGAAGACACAAGGAGGAGCUUUACAGGCUCACUUUACCACAGUUUGCACAAAAAGGGUAUCAAUGUUUUCAUAGAUGAUGAUAAGCUUAGGAGAGGGGAAGAGAUUUCCCCAGCUCUUCUUAGAGCUAUUGAAGAGUCAAGGAUUUCCAUCAUUGUGUUCUCUCAAAACUAUGCAUCUUCCAAAUGGUGUCUUGAUGAGCUUGUUAAGAUUCUUGAGUGCAUGAAAACAAGGGGGCAAUUGGUUUUUCCGGUUUUCUUCAAUGUCGAUGCUUCCAUGGUGCGUUAUCAGAAAGACAGUUUCGGCAGAGCAAUGUCUGCCCAUGAAGUCAGAUACAAGGGUAAUGAGGAGAAGUUGCAGAAAUGGAAGCAGGCCUUGUUUGAAGCAGCUAAUUUGUCUGGUUGGAGCUUUAAAAACGGGUAUGAGUAUGAGCUUAUUGAAAAGAUUGCUGAGGAGAUCUCAAAGAAAAUCAAUCAAACCCCUUUGCACAUAGCUGAAUACCCUGUUGGACUAGAAACUCGAAUAUCAGAAGUGAAAACUCUGCUGCAAAUUGGACCUGGUGAAGAUAUUUGUGUGAUCGGAAUCUAUGGACUUGGAGGUAUAGGUAAAACAACGAUUGCACGAGCUUUGUACAACUUGAUUGCAGAUCAGUUUGAAGCUGCAAGUUUCCUUGCUGACAUAAGAGAAAGUUCAAAUCAACGUCAAGGUUUAGUACAACUUCAAGAAUCACUUCUGUUUGAUAUAGUUGGGGACAAGAACAUUAAGUUGGGAAAUAUUUAUAAAGGAAUUCCUAUUAUAAGAAAAAGAUUAUGCUGCAAGAAAGUUCUUUUGAUUCUUGAUGAUGUUGACAAAUUGGAGCAGUUACAAGCAUUAGCUGGAGGACGAGAUUGGUUCGGUUUUGGCAGUGUAAUAAUUAUAACAACAAGAGAUAAGCAUUUGCUAGCUGCUCAUCAGGUUGAUAAAACAUAUGAAGUAAAGAAACUAAAUCAUGGAGAAGCUUUUGAGCUGUUCAUUUGGAAUGCUUUCAAAAGAAAAGAACCUGAGGCAGGUUAUAUGGAGAUUUCAAACCGUGUUGUGCUCCAUGCUGAGGGGCUUCCGCUGGCACUGAAAGUAAUGGGCUCAAAUUUGAUUGGAAAAUCUGUGGAUGAGUGGACAUCUGCACUAGAAAAAUAUGAAAAGAUUCCUAAUAAAGAGGUUCAAAAUGUACUUAGAGUGACCUAUGAUAAUCUUGAGGAGAAUGAGAAAGAAAUUUUUCUGGAUAUAGCAUGUUUCUUCAAAGGGGAGACAAUGGAAUAUGUUGAAAAGACACUAAAAGCAUGUGGUUUCCAUCCGAAAUUCGGUAUUGGUGUACUUAUUGAUAGAUCUUUAGUAAGUAUUGAUGAGUACAACAGAUUGAGAAUGCAUGAUCUGAUUCAAGACAUGGGUAGGGAGAUUGUAAGAGAAGAUUCACCUCUGGAGCCCGGUAAGCGAAGUAGAAUAUGGUAUCAUGAAGAUGUUAUUGAAGUACUUACUGAAAGCACGGGGACUUACAAAAUUCAAGGCAUGAUGGUGGACCUUCCAGAUCAAUACAUGGUACACUUGAAGAAUGAUUCCUUCAAAAAAAUGAAAAAUCUUAAAAUUCUCAUAGUUCGAAAUGGACAAUUUUUUGGAAGCCCUCAAGAUCUUCCAAACAAUUUAAGGCUGCUUGAUUGGAUGGAGUAUCCUUCAUCAUCUUUCCCAUCUAGUUUCCUUCCAAAGAAACUUGCUGUGCUCAACUUGUCGCGCAGCCGUUUCGCAAUGCAAGAGCCAUUCAAGCAUUUGGACACACUGACAUCUUUGGAUUUGAGUUACUGCGAAGUUUUAACAAAACUACCUGACUUUUCCGGAGUCCCAAAUUUAACAGAACUAAAUCUUGAUUACUGUACAAAUUUGGCAGAGGUUCAUGACUCUGUUGGAUUCCUUGAGAAGCUUGUUGAGUUGAGGGCCUAUGGAUGCACCAAGCUUAAGGUUUUUCCAUCUUCGAUCAAGAUGACAUCACUGCAAAGUCUUAUCCUUAAUUGGUGCUCAAGUCUCCAAAGUUUCCCAUCUAUUUUGGGAAAAAUGGACAAUCUCAUGUCCAUUUCUAUAGAAGGAACUGGUAUUGAACAAUUGCCUCCUUCCAUUGGAAACCUUGUUGGGCUUCAAGAAUUUAGCAUGACAUCUUGCUUGAGUCUCAAGGAACUGCCAGAAAGCUUUGAUAUGUUGCAAAAUCUUACGAACCUUGAUAUCGAAGGAUGUCCCCAAUUACGAAGCUUCUUGAUGAAAUUGAGAGAAUCAGGAAAGUCUAGUCCUACCUUUGAUAAUGUGAAGUCUCUUAAUCUCGAGAACUGUGGCCUUAGAGAUGAAGAUCUUCCCACAAUUUUCUAUUGUUUCCCAAAACUGUCUUUAUUAGUCCUUUCAGGAAACUAUUUUGUAACUCUUCCAAGUUGCAUUCAAGAAAUUCAAAGCUUGGAACUACUUCACUUGGACAGCUGCAACCUACUCCAAGAAAUCCCUAGCAUUCCUCCCAAUAUACAAUACAUUAAUGCAAGAAAUUGCACAUCAUUGAGUCCAAGGUCAUCAAACUUAUUAUUGAGCCAGGAAAUUUUUGAGGCAUGUGAGUUACAGGUUAUGGUGCCUGGAAGAAGAGUUCCAGAAUGGUUUGAUUUUUGUGCCAAAGGAGAAUAUCUGACGUUUUGGGCACGCCAAAAAUUUCCUGUGCUUAUUUUUUGCUUUGUUAUUGAAGUAGAGGGUGCAACGGAGGAUACUUUAAAUUGUGAAGUCCAGUUCUCUAUAAAUGGUGAAGACAUUUAUGAAAUGGAAAUGCCACAAUGCUUCUCAAAAAUGGUCACAGAUCAUGUGUGGAUAUAUGACUUACGAACGCAUCCAACCAUCCAGUGGCACAGUCUUGAUUCAUAUCUAGUAGAUGACUGGAAUCAGCUUGAGAUUUCAUGUGAGAAAAUAAGUGGAUCAUCAAAUAUGAGUGUGAGCUGGUGUGGAGUUCAUAUAUGCAAAGAAGAAGUUAACAUGGAGAAUAUACUAUUCACAGACCCUGAACUUGAUUUAGAUUCAAACACAUACUCUGAGGAGAUCGAGGCUGAUUUGAAUGCUACCAGUGAAGAAAGCACAAAAUCAGUACAAGAUUUCUCCAAGAGUUUGAAUGAUAACUGCUGUGAUUUUGAAAACACGGAAAGUUGUGACACGAUCAGUAGACAUGAAGAGGAAUGGGGGGAAAGAAGUAAAGGAAAAGAAAAUAGUGAAACUGCAUCCCACAAUGACAUUGAUCAGAGUGACAAGAAGAUUUUAAUGCAUAUGCAACCAUUGGAAAGUGUUACUGAAGAUCCAAUUGCUCCUGUGUGUCUUGAGGUCAUUGAUACUGUCAAAGUAGUAGAUUAUGGAUCAAAUACAAUAGUUGUUGAUCAUCCAGAAAAAGCUCAACCAAGAUCCCAAUUCAAAAGUUUUGUAGAGAUACCAAAUGUAGAUGAUGUAGAAAUGGAAGCAUUUUAUGCAUCUCUAGAAGCUGAGAAUUCUGUUCUUCCUCUCUCCAACAACACCAUUGAUGUUUCCGAAUUCGCCAACAGAGUGCCAAGUGAAGCGACACAGAAAGCAUUAAAGACACUACAAGACUUUCUCACUAGAGACUUUUCUCUUCUUUUGGGCCCUGAUGAGUACAAUGCCAUGAAAGCUACCUUAGAGUACCUCACAAAUUUACCUCCAGGAGAUGGGAUUUCAUUGGAAUUAAGAUCAUUGGUUAUAGAAGUUUCAAGACACUUCAACCAUUGGAGUUUGGAUUACACCAAUGAGAGCCAGAAAAUAGAGGCUGCCACAGCUAAGUUGUUGAAAGUUGAUGAACUAGAAGAGGGUCUUGAAGCUAACAAGGUGCAUUUUAGAGAAGUCGUGUGCUUAGAAAAUGAGUUGAGAAACGAGUUGGAAUAUUUGGAGGAGAGAAAGAAGGAGCUUGAAGAACAAAUACAUGCCAUUAAAGCUAGCAUAUCUGCUUCUGAAUCAGCAAGGAACAUGGUUACUUAUAGAAAGAGAGAAAUCUUUGGGGAAGCAAAGAUAUUAAAAAAUAAAAGGGAUGAAUUGAAGGAGCAAGUGUCAUGGUUGAAAGAUGAGAAGGAAUUGGCAAGGAAAAUUCAGACAAAUAUCAGAGCUGAAUGGUCAAAGCUUGGAGAAAAAUUUAACAGAAAGUUAAAGUCUGAACUCUGAUUUCACAUACAAGUUGGAUGUUUUGAUAGGACACUUCACACUAUUAUCUGUCUAUAAAG